GGUCACUUUAUGUCACACUCACAGGUAUGGUCAGCUUCCAGGUCACUUUAUGUCACACUCACAGGUAUGGUCAGCUUCCGGGGUCACUUUAUGUCACACUCACAGGUAUGGUCAGCUUCCGGGGUCACUUUAUGUCACACUCACAGGUAUGGUCAGCUUCCGGGGUCACUUUAUGUCACACUCACAGGUAUGGUCAGCUUCCGGGGUCACUUUAUGUCACACUCACAGGUAUGGUCAGCUUCCGGGGUCACUUUAUGUCACACUCACAGGUAUGGUCAGCUUCCAGGUCACUUUAUGUCACACUCACAGGUAUGGUCAGCUUCCGGGGUCACUUUAUGUCACACUCACAGGUAUGGUCAGCUUCCGGGGUCACUUUAUGUCACACUCACAGGUAUGGUCAGCUUCCGGGGUCACUUUAUGUCACACUCACAGGUAUGGUCAGCUUCCGGGGUCACUUUAUGUCACACUCACAGGUAUGGUCAGCUUCCAGGUCACUUUAUGUCACACUCACAGGUAUGGUCAGCUUCCGGGGUCACUUUAUGUCACACUCACAGGUAUGGUCAGCUUCCGGGGUCACUUUAUGUCACACUCACAGGUAUGGUCAGCUUCCGGGGUCACUUUAUGUCACACUCACAGGUAUGGUCAGCUUCCGGGGUCACUUUAUGUCACACUCACAGGUAUGGUCAGCUUCCGGGGUCACUUUAUGUCACACUCACAGGUAUGGUCAGCUUCCAGGUCACUUUAUGUCACACUCACAGGUAUGGUCAGCUUCCGGGGUCACUUUAUGUCACACUCACAGGUAUGGUCAGCUUCCGGGGUCACUUUAUGUCACACUCACAGGUAUGGUCAGCUUCCGGGGUCACUUUAUGUCACACUCACAGGUAUGGUCAGCUUCCAGGUCACUUUAUGUCACACUCACAGGUAUGGUCAGCUUCCAGGUCACUUUAUGUCACACUCACAGGUAUGGUCAGCUUCCAGGUCACUUUAUGUCACACUCACAGGUAUGGUCAGCUUCCAGGUCACUUUAUGUCACACUCACAGGUAUGGUCAGCUUCCAGGUCACUUUAUGUCACACUCACAGGUAUGGUCAGCUUCCAGGUCACUUUAUGUCACACUCACAGGUAUGGUCAGCUUCCAGGUCACUUUAUGUCACACUCACAGGUAUGGUCAGCUUCCAGGUCACUUUAUGUCACACUCACAGGUAUGGUCAGCUUCCGGGGUCACUUUAUGUCACACUCACAGGUAUGGUCAGCUUCCAGGUCACUUUAUGUCACACUCACAGGUAUGGUCAGCUUCCAGGUCACUUUAUGUCACACUCACAGGUAUGGUCAGCUUCCAGGUCACUUUAUGUCACACUCACAGGUAUGGUCAGCUUCCAGGUCACUUUAUGUCACACUCACAGGUAUGGUCAGCUUCCAGGUCACUUUAUGUUCACAAAUAAAUGGGAAAGAUGUCUUAACUUAUAAAAGGUUGAGGUAAACAGAGUACUCCAAUAAAGCGAUCAGUGAUCAAACAAAUGUUGGAGAGAUCAAUAAAUGUGGGGUUGGCAAGAGAAGUGACGAUAGGGCACAUUAUUGUAGUUGUCUGCCUACUAGAUAAAUGGAGACGUAAUUGGGGUGAACUGAAAGACAUCUCAGUCAGAUAUUUAGGUCAACUUCUCUGUAUUGACUGAUGGCUGUCAGGAGCUUUAGUGCUCUUGGUAUCAGAUUAGAGGAAAGGGUUAUGUUUGUAAGACUAUUGAUGACUAAUGUAUUGUUCACUACGUAACUUAAAAAAUAAAAUACAAAUCUAUGAAUCAAUCACAAAGGCACAAUGCAAG